AUGGAGAAGAGCAACACUGGUAAGGUAGAGGAUGAUGGGCGUCAGCAUUCGCUUCUAGGAUCGUCGUGUAGUGUGCGCGGGCCGGACGCGGCAGUGCGGCGAGGGCAUUUGCUGGAGGUUCGCUACUUGUGGACACCGGCUCGCUUUAAUGCCGGCCGCAAGGCAACGCCGCCGCCACCACCAUUAUACGGCUUUGUGCGCUUGAAGGAUGUGAAUCACCGCCUGAGUGGGUGGUUCCCUGUAGAAGAUAUUGAACUGAAGGAGCCAAAGGGCGGUGGGGGUAAUAACGCAGCUUCAGGUACGGUGUCCCCGCCGUCAGGUGUCACCAACCGCAUUCGUGGCCCAGUCCUGAGUUCGGUCUAUGGGGAGGUUACGGUGGGAAUGAUCCGGACUCGCCGAGAGGAGAAGCAGCUGGAUUUCUUUGAGGAACGCCUGCUUCGUGACUGCCGCACACCGACAACCAUUCGGUACUUUGUAUAUUUGUCCACGUUUGUCUUUGCUCCCUGGUACUAUGCGCCGUACGGCAUUUUUAACAAGGAGUUUGAUCCGUUGGCAUCCAUCUCUCUUGCCGACCAGGAGAGAGCGCAACUCGGCUUGCCGGCGGACUUUACAGAGCACAACCCCUUUAUUCGGGACGCCUACUUAUGCCCAUUUUCUCUUCGCAUAUACAGCACCUUUGAGCAGAUGCAGCAUGAGACAAGGUGCUACCGCGGGGGGCGAUUGCGACCACCAGGGCAGGAAAUUUACCGCGAUGAAGCACGCGGGUUUUCUAUGUUUGAGGUGAACGGCAGUCGCCAGGUGACGUACUGCCGCCACCUGUUUCUUCUGGGUAAGUCGUUCCUGGAGAAUAAGCUGGCCGGGCAUGACGUACACAACUAUUUUUUCUACGUUGUUUGCCUUCACCAGCGACACUUUCCCCAAUACACCGAUGAGGCCUCGGCAAUGUACUUUGUUGGCUAUUUCACCUGGGAGAAGCAGGUGGUGGAUAAUAACUUGGCCUGCAUUGUCACCCUACCGUGCUUCGCGGGCGGGGCAGCGCGGAACACGUUGCACACUGGCACUACCGCGCGAACACCACUGGGCCAUUUUGGGCAAUUUAUGAUCGCCGCAAGCUACGAGCUGGCGCACCGCAGGAAACACAUUGGGUCACCGGAGAGGCCGCUGUCGGAUUUGGGCGCCUCGGCGUAUGACCGUUACUGGCGCCGUGUUCUCGUGACGUGGAUGCACUCACUUCUGCCGGACUCCGCUACUGUCGCUGUCACGAGCGACGACGACGAAGACAAAGAAGGCAGAGCCGACAACUGUCAAAGUGUGAUUGUGGAGGCGACGACGCCCCUGACGGGCCGCGGGAUGAAGCGGCCACGCGCCGGCAGCUCAGGUCAGAGCGGUGACGCCGCGGACGACGACGACGACGACGACGCCGACGGGCGGGCCGUGCAAACAGAGCGGCUGCGCGUCACAAGCGUGCGCGGCAUUGCGCGGCGAGUGCGGUUGGAGGAGGCGGAUGUUCUGCGGACGCUGCUGGGCAUGGGGCUACUGCACCUCAACGCCGAGGACCGCGGCCUUCGUCUCGUGAUUCCCGUUGCGUUUGUUCGCCGCGAGUACGACAAGGCGAGGGAGCAGGCAAAAGACUUGGCCCGCGCGGAAUUUGACGCAUCGCUGCUGACGACAAGCCGCAGUGGGGCAGCGUGGGCGACGGCGACCCCCUCGCCUCGCCUACAGAACUUGGCUGCCGCCGCGCGUUAA